AUGGUGCAAGGCUGCCAUAAUGGCCCCCUCUGUCAACGGGAGCGGCCCCUGGUACAAGGCAGUGAAAGGGCGUGGGCCUUCUCUACGACCGGAAAGAUUUACAUCUCCAUUGACGGGAUUGAAGACACGGAGGGCAUCAACCGCUUUGCGCAGCCUGCACCUGUCCCGGCCCCGCAGCCUGUGCUGGCCCCAGCCGUGCAGCCUGUGCUGGCCCCAUCCGUGCAGCCUGUGCUGGCCCCAGCCGUGCAGCCUGUGCCUGUCCCGCCCUUCCAGGCUAUGCCGGCCCCACUUGCGCAGCCUGUGCCUGUCCCGGCCGCACCAUUUGUGCAUGUCCCUUCCGCCCAGGUUGCGCCUGUCACGGGCGCGCAGGCUGAGCCUGCACCGGCCGCACGUCAUGGGCCUGCACCGGCCGCACGUCCUGGGCCUGCACCGGCCGCACAGGCAGGGCCUGAACCGAUGGGCGGCCCAGGUUGGUGCAGUCAGGACGUCAAUUCGGUGAUUGCUGCUGCACAGACAAAUUGCCGUGACUUUCCGAGGCAGUUCACCUUUGACAUGUAUUCCGGGUCAACGUUGAUGUGCCAGUCAUUGGGUCUUCGCGGGUAA